AUGUGCAAACACAUCCGCAUGACAGCCAUCCGUUGGUUCUUCUCCCACACUCCCCUUCUCCCGCCCCCCGUUUUACUCCCGCCCUCCUCUUCUCUCCCGCCACCCCCUUCUCUCCCGCCCUCCCUUCCUCUACCGCCCUCCCCUUCUCUCCCGCCCUCCCCUUCUCUCCCGCCCUCCCCCUAUCUCCCGCCCACCCCUGCUCUCCCGCCCUCUCGCCAUUCAUUCCCCCCCGCCCUCGAUAUUGACCAGGGCUUAUCAAAGGUUAAGAGGACUGACUGGAACGUCUCCAACUCCCACCGGAAGAACAGUGAAUGGAUGGGGGGUUUGCACCGUAAUGUGCGGUGGAUUAUCAAGGACCACUUCACACGCCACACCCCUGUGUACAACACAGACAUGAAGGACUUCAAGUGGGGCGACCGUGGGCUGUAUGUUCACGAGUCAGGAUUUGAGGCCUUCCGGGGGAAGGCUGAGCUUGAUGCCAAAACGAAGGACCUGAAGGAGGAAGAAAAGGAGGUGUACAACUCGGAGGACAUGGAGGAGGAUAAGGAGGAGGAGGAUGAGGAGGAGGAGGAGGAGGAGGAGGAGGAUGACGAGGAGGAGGACGAGGAGGAGGAGGAGGAGGAGGAGGAGGAGGACGAGGAACAGGGGGCUGCAGAUGAGGCAUGCGUGGAGUUUACAAAAGGGGACAGCAGGAGAGGCAUCACAUACGUGCGAGGAGAGGCAUUGGUGGAGACAGCAAGGGGGGCAUCAGGGAAGGCACGUGUGGAUAGAGAAAGGGGGACAGCAUUACGGAGGGGAGUGGUGCAAGGGCCGCAGCAGUAUAGGCAUGACCGGAUAGGACAAAGCAAGCAGCAGUAA